AGCCUUGGUCUCAGGAGCCGAUAGGACGGGGCGGUAUUGCGCAUGUGCAGUGGGGUAGCCGAGCGGCUGGCGGUCUCCAGCUGCGGAGCGCGGCUGAGGUGGUGCGCGUGCGCAGUGUGAGUGCUCGGGGUGUUGCUGCCGCCGCUGUCAGUUCCGGCUGUUUGUUCGGGAAGUGGAUCCGGCCCGGAGCCGCCGCCGCCGCCUGAGGAGACCUCACCUCUCCCGCCGCCCGGAGCUUCCGCUCCCCACCGGCCAUGGCUAGAGAUUACGAUCACCUCUUCAAGCUGCUCAUCAUCGGCGACAGCGGUGUUGGCAAAAGCAGUUUGCUGUUACGCUUCGCAGACAAUACUUUCUCAGGCAGCUACAUUACCACAAUUGGAGUGGAUUUUAAAAUCCGGACAGUUGAGAUUAAUGGAGAGAAGGUGAAGCUACAGAUAUGGGACACAGCUGGACAAGAGCGUUUCCGGACUAUCACAUCGACGUAUUACAGAGGGACGCAUGGGGUCAUUGUUGUCUAUGAUGUCACCAGUGCAGAAUCCUUUGUGAAUGUAAAGCGGUGGUUACAUGAAAUUAACCAAAACUGCGAUGAUGUCUGCCGGAUACUGGUGGGAAAUAAGAAUGAUGACCCAGAGCGGAAAGUGGUGGAGACGGAAGAUGCCUAUAAAUUUGCCGGGCAGAUGGGGAUCCAACUGUUUGAGACCAGCGCCAAAGAAAACAUUAAUGUGGAAGAGAUGUUUAAUUGCAUUACAGAGCUGGUUCUGCGAGCAAAGAAAGAAAACUUAGCAAAGCAGCAGCAGCAACAACAGAAUGAUGUGGUGAAGCUAACUAAGAACAGUAAAAGGAAGAAGCGGUGCUGCUAAUGCCAUUUCCCUGUUGCAGAGAGAGACUCUGCUCUGACAGAUCAGCCCCUCCUAGACUUGGGCUACUUCACUGGGGCAGGCUUUGGGAGGACUUUCUCAGUUUUGUGCCGUUAUUUAAAGAUUUUUCUCCAUGUUUUCUAUCAAGAGGCGCUGGCACCUUACCAUGGUAGUGCCAAGAAAGUAUCGGAUGGACUCUUGCCCCUUCUCUCGUCCCCUGCUCAUUCCAGUGCGCCUUGUAGACAAGAAAGGACGUUGCCUACCAAGUCGACUGAUUAACCCAAGAGUUUGUACAUAAUGUAUAUUGCUUUAACCAUCUGCACCUCCCUCUUGUCACUUUGGCUUAUGCCUUCUUAAUGUCAGCCAAUCAUGAACUGCAGUUAUCUUUUUAAAGAUAGAAUACAAAGUUCUUAACUCGAGUAGGCUUCAGGCUGGCAGCGAUUGCUGCUGGGGCCUUGGGCUUCAUUUUGUUUGGGCUCCAGGCUGGCAACUGGUGCCCCUGGGGCCUUUGGCUUCACUCUGAGUUCCAGACUGUUACUGGGGCUUCAGCUUCAUUUUUCUAGGUUCUGGGGUUGCUGCUGGAGCCUGGGGUUUCACGUUACCAGCCCUGGGCUAGCGGCUGGUGCUGGGUUUCACUUUGCCAUACUCCAGGUUUGUGGCCAGGGCCUUGGUUUUACGUUUGCUUUGUGGUGCAGCUCAGCUGUACCUGUGCUCUUUAGUUUGUAUCAAGAUAUUUAAAAACAAUGGGAUUUAUUUGGAUUUAAACUUUAAAAAAAAACAAAAUGAAACUAAAGUCCAGUGACUUCUGCUUCUGGGUCUGCUGGUUGUUCCAGGCGAGGGUCCAGACACUUCUUGAGAGCAACAAAACAGUGUGAAUCUGCCAAAAAAAAGCUCCUUAUGUUGCCCUGUCCACAAGUAGAUCUGAAUUCAAAUGUGAAGCAUUGCUUUCAAGAGAGAUGGAACAUGUGGAAGUGAAUCCAGCUCUUUUGGUUGGUGUCUGGAUCCAACAGUUGCUGCAGGAUCAUUCCCAGGAGUCUCCUGUCAGAGAGGAGGACUGCUUUCUCGAAUGUAAAGAAAUGGGAAGCUAUUGCUUGCAUUAUGUGGUGAUGGUUGUGGGUAGGGGUUUUCUUUGGUAAUGUACUCUGGUCUCACUGUGCUGAACAAACAGCAUUCCUCUGGCCUUCAUUGGCUUUUGUGGGAAAAUAAGGGCUCAGUUCAUCAGUCCCUGAAUAGAUAUGCUCAGAGGCUGAGACUGUCGUAGCAGGAUGUCUUUGGGUUGCUGAGUAACGUGUUCAUCAACUGAUUCUCUGUGUAAAAAGGAAAUACUCUUGAAAUACUGACUGGAAAGGGAUGGGGGGGUUGGCAUCUGGCUUCAUACUUGACCUUGAAGAUGACACAGCACUCAGGUGUCAGCACAUGGUCCUCUGGAAUCACUGGCCUUAGGUUUGGUAGGGCAUGUCCCACUGACAUCCAUGAGCUUGGAAUAAUCCCAAUCACACCCAGGAAAGGCUAAAUUGAAAUCACUUAUUUAUUUUGCCAGCCUUUUUUAGAUUCUUACGGUUCGUGGUAAAAGCCCUGAUCAUACAAUCACAUCACAGAUCAGUCUGACUUUAAAGAUUUGUUUUUUCAUGCAAACCAUGAAUGUGUGACAAGUUUUUAACCAGUGCAAGUGUUGGGAGUGUAUAGCAGCUGCCUUUUCCCAUCCCCCAUCUCUCUUCUGCACAUAUCUGUCCAUGUUUCAAUGGUAACCCAAGAGUAAAAAUGAGCUGGGGAUAUUGGGGUGAUACUGCUAGAGUGAGCACUGCAUGAAUGACAAGAUGUGCAUUGGUUGCUUCUGCAGGUGGCAGCAGAAAUUACACCAGG